UACCCGUUCAUGUGCAGCUAUUCCGGAGCUUACUACGACGACGACGAUUUCACCACGGUGGACAUGUGCUGCUCGUGUGGUGGGGGAGGGCUGACGGCAGCACCGAGUGCCGCUCCGACGGCAUCUCCGACAGAAGCUCCCACAGUAGACCCCACGGGGGCCCCCACAGCACUGCCGACAGCGGCUCCAACUGUGGCGCCAACAGCAGCCCCGACGGUGGCUCCGACGGCUGCACCCACCGCAGCGCCGACGGCAGCUCCGACACCAGCUCCCUCUGCAGCGCCGACCCCCGCACCGCCCUGUUUCGACACGCACGGAGGAGCGACCAAUGUAAACGAGGCGCAGUGUGGGAUGUUCGAUGCGUACCCGUUUAUGUGCAGCUACUCCGGAGCCUACUAUGACGACGACGACUUCACCACGGCGGACAUGUGCUGCUCGUGUGGUGGGGGAGGGCUGACGGCAGCACCGAGUGCCGCUCCGACGGCAUCUCCGACAGAGGCUCCCACAGGGGCCCCCACAGUACUGCCGACAGCGGCUCCAACUGUGGCGCCAACAGCAGCCCCGACGGCGCUCCGACACCAGCUCCCUCUGCAGCACCGACACCGGCACCGCCCUGUUUCGACACGCACGGAGGAGCGACGAAUGUCCUACUAUGACGACGACGACUUCACCACGGCGGACAUGUGCUGCUCGUGUGGUGGGGGAGGGCUGACGGCAGCACCGAGUGCCGCUCCGACGGCAUCUCCGACAGAGGCUCCCACAGGGGCCCCCACAGUACUGCCGACAGCGGCUCCAACUGUGGCGCCAACAGAUGCCCCGACGGUGGCCCCUACUGCAGAACCUACGGCAGUGCCGACAGCAGCUCCAACGAUAGCGCCAACAGCAGCCCCGACGGUGGCUCCGACGGCUGCACCAACUUUAGCACCGACGGCAGUGCCGACAGCAGCUCCGACGACAGCUCCAACAGCAGCUCCGACCAUAGCGCCAACAGCAGCCCCGACGGCUGCACCCACUGCAGUGCCGACAUCAGCUCCGACACCGGCUCCCUCUGCAGCACCGACACCGGCACCGCCCUGUUUCGACACGCACGGAGGAGCGACGAAUGUCAACGAGGCGCAGUGUGGAAUGUUCGAUGCGUACCCGUUCAUGUGCAGCUAUUCUGGAGCCUACUAUGACGACGACGACUUCACCACGGCGGACAUGUGCUGCUCGUGUGGUGGGGGAGGGCUGACGGCAGCACCGAGUGCCGCUCCGACGGCAUCUCCGACAGAGGCUCCCACAGGGGCCCCCACAGUACUGCCGACAGCGGCUCCAACUGUGGCGCCAACAGAAGCCCCGACGGCGGCCCCUACUGCAGAACCUACGGCAGUGCCGACAGCAGCUCCAACGAUAGCGCCAACAGCAGCCCCGACGGUGGCUCCGACGGCUGCACCAACUUUAGCACCGACGGCAGUGCCGACAGCAGCUCCAACGAUAGCGCCAACAGCAGCCCCGACGGUGGCUCCGACGGCUGCACCCACUUUAGCGCCGACGGCAGUGCCAACAGCAGCUCCAACGACAGCUCCAACAGCAGCUCCGACCAUAGCGCCAACAGCAGCCCCGACUGCGGCUCCGACGGCGGUACCCACUGCAGCGCCGACGGCAGUGCCGACAGCAACUCCAACGAUAGCGCCGACAGCAGCCCCGACGGCUGCACCCACUGCAGUGCCGACAUCAGCUCCGACACCGGCUCCCUCUGCAGCACCGACACCGGCACCGCCCUGUUUCGACACGCACGGAGGAGCGACGAAUGUGAACGAGGCACAGUGUGGAAUGUUCGAUGCGUACCCGUUCAUGUGCAGCUACUCAGGAGCCUACUAUGACGACGACGACUUCACCACGGCGGACAUGUGCUGCUCGUGUGGUGGGGGAGGGCUGACGGCAGCACCGAGUGCCGCUCCGACGGCAUCUCCGACAGAGGCUCCCACAGGGGCCCCCACAGUACUGCCGACAGCGGCUCCAACUGUGGCGCCAACAGAUGCCCCGACGGUGGCCCCUACUGCAGAACCUACGGCAGUGCCGACAGCAGCUCCAACGAUAGCGCCAACAGCAGCCCCGACGGUGGCUCCGACGGCUGCACCAACUUUAGCACCGACGGCAGUGCCGACAGCAGCUCCAACGAUAGCGCCAACAGCAGCCCCGACGGCGGCUCCGACGGCUGCACCAACUUUAGCACCGACGGCAGUGCCGACAGCAGCUCCGACGACAGCUCCAACAGCAGCUCCGACCAUAGCGCCAACAGCAGCCCCGACGGCUGCACCCACUGCAGUGCCGACAUCAGCUCCGACACCAGCUCCCUCUGCAGCACCGACACCGGCACCGCCCUGUUUCGACACGCACGGAGGAGCGACGAAUGUCAACGAGGCGCAGUGUGGGAUGUUCGAUUCGUACCCGUUCAUGUGCAGCUAUUCUGGAGCCUACUAUGACGACGACGACUUCACCACGGCGGACAUGUGCUGCUCGUGUGGUGGGGGAGGGCUGACGGCAGCACCGAGUGCCGCUCCGACGGCAUCUCCGACAGAGGCUCCCACAGGGGCCCCCACAGUACUGCCGACAGCGGCUCCAACUGUGGCGCCAACAGAUGCCCCGACGGUGGCCCCUACUGCAGAACCUACGGCAGUGCCGACAGCAGCUCCAACGAUAGCGCCAACAGCAGCCCCGACGGUGGCUCCGACGGCUGCACCAACUUUAGCACCGACGGCAGUGCCGACAGCAGCUCCAACGAUAGCGCCAACAGCAGCCCCGACGGCGGCUCCAUCGGCUGCACCAACUUUAGCACCGACGGCAGUGCCGACAGCAGCUCCAACGACAGCUCCAACAGCAGCUCCGACCAUGGCGCCAACAGCAGCCCCGACGGCUGCACCCACUGCAGUGCCGACAUCAGCUCCGACACCAGCUCCCUCUGCAGCACCGACACCGGCACCGCCCUGUUUCGACACGCACGGAGGAGCGACGAAUGUCAACGAGGCGCAGUGUGGGAUGUUCGAUUCGUACCCGUUCAUGUGCAGCUAUUCUGGAGCCUAUUACGACGACGACGACUUCACCACGGCGGACAUGUGCUGCUCGUGUGGUGGGGGAGGGCUGACGGCAGCACCGAGUGCCGCUCCGACGGCAUCUCCGACAGAGGCUCCCACAGGGGCCCCCACAGUACUGCCGACAGCGGCUCCAACUGUGGCGCCAACAGAUGCCCCGACGGUGGCUCCGACGGCUGCACCCACUGCAGCGCCGACAUCGGCUCCGACACCAGCUCCCUCUGCAGCACCGACCCCAGCACCGCCCUGUUUCGACACGCACGGAGGAGCCACGAAUGUAAACGAGGUGCAGUGUGGGAUGUUCGAUUCGUACCCGUUCAUGUGCAGCUACUCCAGUGCCUAUUACGACGACGACGACUUCACCACGGCGGACAUGUGCUGCUCGUGUGGUGGCGGAGGGCUGACGGCACCGAGUGCCGCUCCGACGGCAUCUCCGACAGAGGCUCCCACAGGGGCCCCUACUGCAUUGCCGACAGCGGCUCCGACGAUAGCGCCAACAGCAGCCCCGACGGUGGCUCCGACGGCUGCACCCACUGCAGCGCCGACAUCAGCUCCGACACCAGCUCCCUCUGCAGCACCGACCCCGGCACCGCCCUGUUUCGACACGCACGGAGGAGCCACGAAUGUAAACGAGGUGCAGUGUGGGAUGUUCGAUUCGUACCCGUUCAUGUGCAGCUAUUCUGGAGCCUAUUACGACGACGACGACUUCACCACGGCGGACAUGUGCUGCUCGUGUGGUGGCGGAGGGCUGACGGCACCGAGUGCCGCUCCGACGGCAUCUCCGACAGAGGCUCCCACAGGGGCCCCUACUGCAUUGCCGACAGCGGCUCCGACGAUAGCGCCAACAGCAGCCCCGACGGUGGCUCCGACGGCUGCACCCACUGCAGCGCCGACAUCAGCUCCGACACCAGCUCCCUCUGCAGCACCGACCCCGGCACCGCCCUGUUUCGACACGCACGGAGGAGCCACGAAUGUAAACGAGGUGCAGUGUGGGAUGUUCGAUUCGUACCCGUUCAUGUGCAGCUACUCCAGUGCCUAUUACGACGACGACGACUUCACCACGGCGGACAUGUGCUGCUCGUGUGGUGGCGGAGGGCUGACGGCACCGAGUGCCGCUCCGACGGCAUCUCCGACAGAGGCUCCCACAGGGGCCCCCACGCGGGCCCCCACAGCACUGCCGACAUCGGUUCCAACAGUGGCGCCAACAGAAGCCCCGACGGCGGCCCCUACUGCAGAACCUACGGCAGUGCCGACAGCAGCUCCGACCAUAGCCGCCAACAGCAGCCCCGACGGCGGCUCCGACGGCUGCACCCACUGCAGCCCCGACGGCAGUGCCAACAGCAGCUCCAACGACAGCUCCAACAGCAGCCCCCACGGCAGUCCCCACCGCAGAACCGACAGCCGCUCCAACGGCAGCCCCCACAGUGGCCCCAACUGUGGCUCCAACGGUAGCUCCAUCGACAGCUCCUACAGCAAACCCGACAGCGUCCCCUUCGCCAGCUCCCACAUUCAUGCCAGUGGGCCGCCUUCCAACGACUGCUCCAACAGCUACGCCGACACCAACAUUUCCAACGGCGGACGUGGAGUCCGAGGGCGAGCUCGUCGUGACCGUGCUCGUGAGCGCGGUGACGGCAGGGUCGCAGGAGCUGUUCGUGGAGUCCGAGGACGGGUUUGCGAUAGCGGACACCGUUUUGAUCUCUGGCGGCGGCAACUCGGAGACGCGGGUGAUCGUGGGCUUCGGGUCCUUUCAGCUGGACGCCCCACUGGCUCACGACUAUCCCGCGGCUGCCAGCGUCGCCAAGGUGGCACCGACGUCGGCUGCCCCAACUGCCGCCCCCUCCGAAGCCGUGCACGACGACGGCGCUGGCGGACCGACCCCAGCGCCGCCCUGCGUGGACACUCACGGCGGAGCGACGAACGCGGCGGGGGACCAGUGCGCGCUGGUGGACGCAAUGCCGGUGCAGUGCGCCCUCCUGGGCUACUACUACGACGACGCCGACUUCACCGUCGCAGACAUGUGCUGCGCGUGCGGCGGCGGAGGGCCAGGGACGCCAGCUCCGACCCCUGCGGCGUCCUGCGUGGACACGCACGGCGGAGCGACGAACGUGCAGGGGGACCAGUGCGCGCUGGUGGACGCGAUGCCGGUGCAGUGCGUCUACUCCGGCUACUACUACGACGACGACGACUUCACCGUCACGGACAUGUGCUGCUCGUGCGGCGGCGGAGGGCCGGGGCCGAGCGGGAGAGUCCCCACGCAAGCACCGACCCCGGCGCCGCCCUGCGUGGACACGCACGCUGGGGCGACGAACUCGGCGGGGGGCCAGUGCGACGAGGUGGAGGCGUCGCCGUUCCAGUGCAGCUCUGCCGGAGAGUACUACGACGACUCCGACUUCACCGUGGCGGACAUGUGCUGCGUGUGUGGGGGUGGAGCGCCAGUGGCCGGGCCGACGGAGGCCCCGACCGCAGCUCCGACGCCAGAUCCGACGGCACCUCCGACGCCUGCCCCUCCACCGGCGCCGGGGCCGGACUUGCUUGAGGUGUCCAACUCGUGCAGCUCGGCGCAGCACCUGAACGGAAUUUACACGAACCAGCCGUCCGGCACCCUGUCUGGCAGGCCGUACUACCGGCACACGUCCGGCGCUGUCUUCAUC